AUGAGCUACGGCGUCUUUCAAGAAUUCUUCUUUGCCAACUGGACGCUCCAGGGCAGCCGCGAGGUCACGGGCAUCAUUGGCACCACGCUCAACGGUGUCACGUACCUGGCCAUGCCGCUGCUCUUUGCCCUCUUCACCCGGCGCUGGGCCCAUUGGCGGCGGUCGGCGGCCCUCUGCGGCGCGGCCCUGACGGCCUCGAGCUUUCUGCUCUCGUCCUUGAGCACCGACGUGUGGCACCUGGUCGCGACGCAGGGCGUGCUCGCGGCCCUUGGCACGGCCCUCAUGUUCAGCCCGACGACGCUGUCCCUCGGCGAGUGGUACAAUGACGGAAACCGGGCCCUGGCCUAUGGCGUGACGCUGUCGUGCAAGAAUAUCGUGGGCUCGGCUUGUCCGUUCCUGAUGCGCGUCUUGCUGGACGCGUACGGCUUCCGGACGACGCUGCGCAUCUGGGCCGCCGUGGCCGCCGGCACGGGCAUCCUCGCCGUCCUGCUGAUUCCGACGCACCCCUCGGCGUUGGUCUCUGCGAGCAGCGAGUCUCGCGCGCCGAGAAGGAUCCCGUGGUCUUUUCUUCGGCACCGCACCUUUUGGGUAUACAGCGCGGCGACGACGCUGCAAAGCUGCGGCUACGGUAUCCCCCAGACGUACCUCAACACCUACGCCCACGAGGUGGCUCUGCUGUCGCAGACAUCGGCAACGCUGCUGCUGACACUCUUCAACGUGCCGGGCAUCGCCUCGUCUUCCUUCUUUGGCUACCUGAGCGACAACCGCCGAUUCCCGCUGUCGGCGGCGGCCGUGACGGCCAUCUCGGGCGUCAUGUCGGGUCUUGCAGCCCUGCUAUUUUGGGGCCUCACAUCUCCCGGCAGCAUGGCCUUGUUGGUCUUGUUCUCCGUCACGUUUGGCUUUGCCGCCGGCGGGUACAGCGCGACGUGGGGAGGUCUCCUGAACGAAAUGGCCUCUGAAGCCGCCCAGAGGAACGAGGCCAUCGAUACCGGCAUGGUGUACGGGCUUCUCAAUGGCGCACGGGGUAUUGGAUACGUAGUUGGUGGCGUUGUGGGAGUGCCAUUGCUCAAUGCCGGUAGCCACCAUCAGGUGGGCAGUUUCGGUUAUGGCACCAGUUAUGGGCCCAUUAUCAUUUUUACGGGACUGUCAUCGCUCUUGGGCGGUUGGGGUUUGCUUUGGAAGUGGAAGAGGCUUAUAUGCUUCUGA